GCUCUGUUUGGGCCUCCACAAUAUAUAAUGGGCUGCUACUGGGUCUUCAUCUUCAGUUUUCUACGUUCUUCUUCGUCUUAGUGGUCUGGGCUUCUCCAGUUCUUUUCUUUAUUUCCUUUAUCGAGGCUCUUCUUCAGCACGCCGGGUUCUUUCCCAGAGGACUAUCACGAUGGGUUACCCAUCUGCAGGUACGAACGCUACGCCGAAGGAGCUGGGCUACACCAUGCCAGGCGAGUUUGAAAAGCAUGCAGGAUGCUGGAUGGGAUGGCCUUACGACGGCAACCUGUGGCGGGAGAAUGCCAAGCCCGCCCAGGCACAGUACGCCGCCAUCGCAAAGGCCAUCUCGGAAUUCGAACCGCUGACAAUGUUCGCACACCCUGGCGAGCCUGCAGAAGUAGCGCGCGAGUAUUUCGAGGACGCACCUAACGUGACGGUUGUGGAGCUGGAAAUCGAGGACGGCUGGACUCGCGACUGGGGACCAUCGUGUGUCGCUAAGGACGAUCCCGUAACUGGCAAGCGGAUUGUGGCCGGAGUACACUGGGACUACGAUUGUUAUGGCGGCCUUCUCAAGCGCAAGCUGGGAUUACCCACCAUGAUGCCCAGCUGGGACAAAGAUUACGCUGCGGGGCGAGCGUUACUAGAGAUGAACGGGCUGGAGGUUUUCGAGGCUCCGAUCCAUCUGGAGGGUGGGUCUAUCCACUCUGACGGCGAAGGAACACUCAUGUGUACCGAAGAGUGCCUCCUCCAUCCUUCCCGUAACCCUCACCUGGGCAAAGAGGGCAUUGAGAAGGUGCUCAAGGACUACCUUGGCUUGGAGAAGAUUAUUUGGUUCUGGCGAGGGAUCAUGGGCGACGACGGUGUCGUGAACGGGCAUGUGGAUAAUUUCUGCUGCUUCGUACGCCCUGGUGUAGUCCUCUUGGCCUGGACCGACGACAAGGACGAUCCUCAGUAUGAAGUUUCCAUGAAUGCUUACGAGCGGUUGUCGAACACCACAGAUGCGAAGGGGCGCAAGCUGGAAAUCAUCAAGCUUCCCCGCCCUCCUCCCCUCUUCAGGACCUUCAAUGAAGCCAACGGCCUGGCUGAGGGUUAUGUUGAGAAGGGCUACGUGCCGCGUAUUGCAGGAGAGAGGUUACCCUCGACUUACAUCAACCACUACUGCGCCAACGGUGGCGUGGUGGUACCCCAGUUCGGAGGUGUUGCGGCGGAAGCUGAUAAGAAAGCGUUGGAAAUAAUUCAGGAAGCAUAUGGUCCCGACUACAAAGUGGUGGGCGUGAGCUCGCGGGAGGUGGUAUUAAAUGCGGGGAACAUCCACUGCAUCACUCAGCAACAUCCGGCAGCGUGGUGAUUGUUGACAGGGACUCUACCUACAAUGGUCGUUAACACGAAACUAUCAAGCUUUGCGCAUCACCUAAUAUAUCGCACAAAUCAGGGCCUCGGAGAUGUAGAUGUCUGUUGUAAUUCGAUUUGGAUGAAUCGUACCAUGUUUAUGAUUAAUAAUAUAUUUAGCUCAUAAUGACCUGUUUUUGGGCACUUCGUGA